GUCUGGAUGCACAAGACGAUAUGUGUGAUAGAGCAAUGUUGGGAAUGUGGGUGUGUGGAUGGUGGGCUGCCGUGUGCAUGGAGUGCUCUGCACAGCGUUUGGAAUUGCUGAGCACACUAAGAGUUCUAUACUGCACACGGGUGUGGGUACAAGGAUCUCAUUACGAGGAAGCAGGAGGUGUUGCAACACAUCUGUGUCUUGGGCUAGCAGCUCUUAACAGCUGUGAGAUUGCUGCUGGAUGUGAGUGCAUGCACGUGAGCAGUGCUGUCAAACAAAGUGGUUCUCUUGUAUUGAAGGGAGCUUCAUAACCCAAUCAAGUGCCCCGCAACUGGGCAGUCCUUUAUUGUCAAAUGUGCUUGUAUGUGGGCGGCCAACGCCAGUACAAUUUUGAGGUUGCAUCACCCUGAGAACGUUUGCUUUUUUUUGGCAAGCUGGGCAAGAGGCUUCUCGAAGAAGCAGGGCAUGCAAACAAAUGCGCUAUUUUGGGUCAUGGUGACUACCCAGUCUCCCGUGUCUUACAAUUUUACUGUUUUACCUCCUGAUCCGCAAGAUCUCCAGAGUUGAUCUCAGCGAUCCCAAAGGGCCGCUAGCUGAUAUAUAAAAUUGCUGCCUCCGAGACAGCUCCAGAGCUGUGUAGAGCUUUUCAAAAAACGUUGUGAUAGCGAAAUGUCUUGAAAUCUAUCUUACUGCAGUUUUUAUAGAGCUUGUAAAGUGUAUGCUACUC